AUGAAUCUGCCCAGGAACUUUCAUUCGGCGAAAACAAUAGAGCGAUUCAAGCACGUGCCCAGCAAAGUGGCACUGGGCAUAGCAGAGAUGCAGGCGAUGGACCAGCUGCGUCGUAGUAUGAAAAUAAAGGUCGACGCCCCCAACUCCACAAAUCUCCCUCGGAAAGAGGACAUUCAAGCACUUGAGGACCAGCAGCAUCGCUGUGCGAUCAAUAAGAUCUGUCAGCACAGCUCCAUGCUGGAGUUCAUGACGCCUAGAGAGCGCGGUCACGACUUCUGGCUGGGCGAGGUGCAUAGCCUUGACGAGUCACUGGCUGGCAGUUACGAGCGUUUACUCGUCGAGAAUGACCGACUGCUCAACGAGAAUUUGGCCUUGAGGAACGACAAGGUGCGUCUGGUAGCCGAUAAAAUGAGUGCGCAUGAAUACAUCAACUAUCUGCAGGCCAAGCUGCGCGAAAAUACUAUAGCAAUCAUUCAGAUAAAACGCAGUUUGGCCACCCUUCGCCAAAACAUGGACACCAGCAAGCGCCACGCGAGCGACACUCCAAAGCCAGCAAAAGUCCCAAAGGCCACCCAGCUCUGA